CCAGGACCAGCUGAGGCUGGCCGCGAACUCGGCGGACGUGGAGUUCGCGGUGCAGCCCGGCGAGCUGCCGCCCGCCGCGGGGCCCCUCUUCGAGGAGCUCCUGCGCCCGCCCGGCGCCCCGGACGGCAGCGCCGCGGCGGGCGCGGCGCGCCUCCGGUCCUACGAGCGGAGCGUCUUCUCGGCGCUGGAGCGGCUCCUGGGCGAGUGGAACGCCGCGGGCUUCCCCGGCGUCCCGCGCGCGGAGGCCGUCGCGCUGCUGCCGCUCGCGCCGUGCGUCGCGCGCGUGGCGGUCCCCGCCUGGCGCGUCGUGGUGCAGGUCGGCCUCCCGGAGGACUUCUUCGAGGGCGGGGGCCGCCUCGCCGCGGCGGCGGCCGGCGCCGGGCGCGUCGCGGAGGAGGAGGGGUGCUGGCGGCGGCUGCCCGCGCUGCGGGCGCGGCUGCUCGGCAGGCGGGGGUGGCAGGUGGUCCGGGUCCCCUUCUUCGAGUGGCGCUCCCUGGCUGGCGGGCAGGAGCAGCGGCAGUUCCUGAGGGGGCGCUUGCGCGAGCCCGCGCGGUUGGCCGCUGAGAGGGCCCGCGGCGGGCCGCCCGCCGAAGGCGCCCAAAAAGAUAUCCUCGCGCCCUGUGCUCCUCUUUCUUCCUCUGCCAGCGAUCGGCCCUUCUAUGGCUAUGCAGGCCAGGCUGCGGCAUG